CGUUUUUAAUGAUAUGUGUAGUGUUUUCAUUGAAUAUUAGUGAAAUAAAGGUUUGGGGGCCAGGUUUAGAUCCAGAAAAUGUUGUUUUACCAACAAGAUAUGUUUUUAUAGAAGCUACUCUAACAAAUGCUGGUGAUGCAGAUAGUUUUCAAUUUGAAAUCAAUGGAUUAUCGAGUAAUAAACCGUGUAAAUUGAGAUCUAAUAUAUUAAAUAGGAAGGAUGGGGUGUUUAUAUUCAGAUAUAAACAAUAUGAGUACUGUGAUACACUAAAAAUAAUCUUAACCUAUAAAAAUUACCACAUCGGGGAAUCUCCUUAUAUUUUUAAUAAAGUUCUUUCAGAAGAAUGUAAUUGCCCUAUUUCCAUUGAUAAAUUUUUAAAUAAUUUUCGAUGUGGGAACGUCCCAACUCGAAUUGUGAAGGAUUAGAUGGAUUUUCAGAGAUGAAAUGGUCUCAGUUAGGAAAUAAAUUGAUAAAAACUUUUGAUAGUUCGGGUGCGAUAAGUUUGUGUCAUUAUUUAAUUAAAAAUAACGUUAUUAAAUGGAUAUGUUAUGGAAAAUACACCGAUAAUUUAAAUUAAUAUGAAAAAGUUAAAUUUUAUAGCGACAUCUAUACGCGACAAUUAAAAUCCUUAAUUCUUCUUGAUACACGCCAUCUCGUGUCAAACUAAUAAAUUAAAAAACUUUAAUCACAAAAGUGAUAAUUAUAAUAAUUAGCAAUAAUUUCUUCACGUUUUUUAACGUUUUUAAUGAUAUGUGUAGGUAAUUAGUUCAAUUUAAAUCAUGUUUACCGUAUUUAUACUCAUUUUAACUUCAAU